AAUGGCAAUGCGUUCUGUAAAAGAACUACAAUACCCUGUAACCACCCAAGGAAGGCUUUUGUAUGUCGGCUGUCAGGUAUUCAUGAGCUCGUAGUGUCCAGUAAAGCAGGUAGAACAGCAAAUGGUUUGAUCUCGAUCCUGCUGUAACGGUUAGAUUGUCAUGAUGGAGGCUGACAUCAAGCUAGUCUACGAGCAGAGGUUCAAUGCUGCUGUCAAAGUCAUCCAGAAUUUACCUUCAAACGGUUCAUUUCAGCCUUCGCAUAACAUGAUGCUGAAAUUUUAUAGCUACUACAAGCAAGCGACACAAGGCCCCUGCAACAUUCCCCGUCCAGGAUUCUGGGACCCCGUUGGAAAAGCCAAAUGGGAUGCGUGGAAUUCUCUUGGGGAAAUGCCAAAGGAGGACGCAAUGGCGGCCUACGUGGAAGAUUUGAAACUGAUCCUGGAAAGUAUGCCUGUAACAGAUGAGGUCGAGGAGCUUCUGCGGGUCAUUGGACCCUUCUAUGAGCUCGUUGAUGACAAGAGAAAGAUAACGCAAGUGUCCGAGUUGAGCACAGGCUUUGGGAGCAUGUUAACGUCACCACCCAAAAGUGUCACAAAAAGCAUCAUCAGGACGAUGGAGAUGAACGGCAGCCUGGACAGUUACCCCGUCAAAACCGCAGAAACUCCAAAGACUAAAUCAACAGACACGGAAGACGGAGAAGAUGAUAAUGAGGAGGAAGAGGAGAAAGAUGAAGAAGAGGAGGUUAAAGAGGUGAAGAAAGCCUCACAACCAAAGAAAAGGGCUUCUGCGGGGAGACCUAGAGAACCAUUUUCUAAUGGCAGUAUCAGCCAACAUAAAGUCCUUACCAAUGGAGCGCACGAGUCUAAGUCUGAUCUGAAGAGGCAGGAGUCAGAAGAAGACUCUGAAAGCAUCAACCACAACAGAGACGUCAUUGAGCUCAAUGGACACAUCAGAGAAGACGUGUCCAGUUCUCACCAUGUGGCCAGUGAUUCGGACAGUGAGGUGUUCUGUGACUCUGUCGACCAGUUUUGUGGAGAAGAAGGAUCUGAGCUACACGUCAGCCGCUCACUGGACGUGGCCGAGGAGAGCCACAGCACACUGUCCUCCUCAGGAGAGAUCAGAUCACAAGAGGAACUGCUGGGACGGGAGGAAGGCCUACAGCACGGCGGAGAAGACGGUUGGAGCAGCAGAGGAGGUUCUCAGAGACAGGGACUUCCUGUGAAUAGAAGUAACAGUUCUGUGGUCAGGAGGGAAAGAGGGUCCAGGUCACCUGCCUUGGGCUCCGGGUCAGCGGGGCCGCUGCAGGGCAGUGGGGGAGAUGGGGAGCGCUGGGGGGCGGAUGGAUCUGGUAGGGACAAUCUAAACGAACAGAUAAUCUGUGCUCUGGCCAGACUGCAGGACGACAUGCAGAGUGUCUUAGAGAGGCUACACACACUGGAAGCUCUCACAGCCUCGCAGGCCCGAUCCUUAGCACUGCCAUCAGACUACUUGUCACCACCUGCAAAUAAAGCGAAGAAGAAGCCAUCCUGGUGGCCUUUUGAUGUGUCUCCAGGAACUGUGGUCUUCGCAGUCAUCUGGCCGUUCGUGGUGCAGUGGCUCAUCCAUCUGUAUGUGCAGCGCAGGAGAAGAAGAAUCAACUGAAAGGAAUCGACUGAUGGUUCGACAUCUCUGGAGACCCAGAGGAGAACCGUGUUACACUUUUAGGAGGAGGAGGGUGUUUCCCAGCCUGUCCCGUGAUCCCUAACUCCUGCUUUUGCACUAUGAUGACAACGCUAAGAAUUAGCUAAUUGAAAGACAGAUUCAAUGUACGGCGAUGCAGCUUAUCACAAGCUUUUUGGUACUUAUUGUUUUUUAAUGCAACAAUAUGCUAAGUCAGGAAUACACGAUUUCGAUAAUUAAUAGUCUUAAUUUUCCUUAUAGUUAUAAAAGUCCUGUAAAUAGAAAUCCAUUGUUAAGGGCAUUAUAAUAACUUUCAUGUCGAGGAUCUAUCAUUCAGUGUUUUGCACACUUAGCUGCUAACUCUAGUAAAUACUACUGUAGCAAUGCGUAGGAUGCACUGAUGAAUACAGCACAGGAGAUAUCUGCUUGAAUAUCUAUCGGAUUCUUGGCAUGUUUAGCAGAAAAAAGGUUUGAACUGUAAUGGGAAUAAAUCAGGAAGUGAUCCACGGUGCUCUUUAAAGCCAUAAUAUGCUUAAAAUGCUUAUAAAGUUGACCCUUGUUUGGCAAAUCUGAAGAAAGGGUCAGAAGGCAAUGUAGAAAACUUCUAUGUUCUUCAUCCGCUCAACAUCCCAUCAUGAUCCCUGGAAAGAACGGACCUAUCCGGCUCCCUCUAGUGUGUGUAGACACUGAGCAACAGGUCUUAAAUAUGUCUGAACGUCACUGGCUUAAAGGAAUAGUUCAGCUAAAAAUGUAUAUUUGCUUAAACGUUAUUGCCCCUCAGGACAUCCAAGAUAUAGAUAAGUUCUUAAUCAGAACCGAUUUUGAAAAUGUAAUUACGUCACUUGUACACCAUUGGAUCCUAUGUAGUAAAUGGGUGCCGUCACAAUAAGAGUCCAGCUGAUAAAAACAUCACAAUAAUCCACAAGUAAUUUUGUCUGAAUCCGGAUGUUGUUUGUUACAUUUCACAAGAUGUUAACUGAUGGACUGGAGUGGUGUGGAUUAUUGUGAUGUUUUUAUCAGCUGUAUGAACUCUCAUUCUGACGGCACCCAUUCACUGCAGAGGAUCCACGGUGAACAAGUGUAAUGCGACUUUUUCUCCAAAUCUCUUCUGAUGAUGAAACAAAACUCAUCCACAUUUUGGACGGGCCUGAGGGUGAGUAGAUUUUCAGCUAACUUUUAUUUUUGAGUGAACUAUUCCAAAAAAAACCGAAUUUCAAAGUAAGUGUCAUUUAAUUGACAUAAAAGACAACCAGCUCACUUUAAGGAGGAAAAAAAAGUGUAGGUUUCAGAUAAUAAAACAGUGGUUAAAUAAGGGAAGUUUAAGAGAAAGUAAUGAUUUAAGAGAAAAUAAUGAUUUGGUAUAAAACAAUUGUUAUUUUUUUUUACACCGAUUCAAGUGUGCAAAUAUUUUUGGGUCCACUGUAUUUUGUCAGAGCAUUUCUCAACAUGGUCGCAUCAAUACUAAUUUUAAUUCAUGGCUGUGGUGAAUAUUUUUGAAUAUUACUACAAAGACUGUAUGCAUGAGAAAUGUAAAACCGUUUGUCAAUGUUUGCAAGGUAUAACUGAGAUCGAAAUCUACCCGGGUUGAUCUGCAAAGCACUUUGGAUGAAUAUGAAGACAGAUUAAGAGCUGAAAUAAAUCUUGUUAUGUUUAGAGCCCUAAGAUUAUGUCGAAGACUAAUGAAUAAUUUACAUAGGCUGUUUUUUUUUUUUACUGAAAAAUGCAAGGUUUGUUUCAUUGUAGUUUGUGUAAAUUAGUCAAUAAUGUUAAUAAUUCCUUUAAUAAUUGUACAGUAUAUUAUAAAUGUGCUAAACAUUAUAUUAAAAUUGUACUACACCGUAAUGUAGCAUUUGCAUAUAUCAUUGAUGUCUGUAAUACUACCUUGAAUCAUCUGUAGAGCAGGAGGUUCUUGAUUAUUAAUGCUUUUGUUUGGGACUAAACACAAAAAUGUUCCUAAUUUGUCUUCUGGACAGAUGAUCACCGCAUGUUUCACCACCGUCACAAUACAUGUCAUUCAACAUGUUCGACUAAAGCAUUAUUAAAAGCUUUUGGAAACUGGAGUUGUGUAUAUUCCCAUAUUGCACUAUAUUUAAUGCUACAAUUCACACUUACAUCAAAUCAUAAUCAGUUUAUGUAUCUGGUAGAUUACUUACAUAUUGUAGUCCAUUACGGAUUAAAAAUGACAUGACAAAAUUGUACUGUAAUUGGAUUGCAUUGUAUUCUGAUUGCUUUUGCGUAUGACAUUAUGAAGUACAUUAAACAUUACAUGACACCAA